GUAGUUCGAGUAAUUGAGGAGUCACCGUAAGAGAAGAAAAGUUAGAGAAAAAUGGCGCUGAGGGCAGCCGUUCUUCGCCAUCUUCGAGUUCCAGUCCAAUUCUUUGCCCUAGCUCGCCGGGAAUGCCAGGCGCCGCUGUGUUCCGGUGGAUCUCUUCGGCAAUUUUCAUCUCACGACGAUCACUUGACAAAGGACGAGGUCAUCGAGAGAGUUCUCUCGGUUAUCAAAUGCCACCCCAAAGUCGAUCCCUCCAAGGUGAGCCCUGAUGUUCAUUUCCAAAAAGAUUUGGGUUUAGACAGUUUGGAUACUGUGGAGAUUGUAAUGGCCUUGGAAGAGGAGUUCAAGUUAGAGAUACCAGACAAGGAGGCUGAUAAAAUAGAUUCCUGUGAUCUAGCAAUUGAGUACGUAUACAACCAUCCAAUGGCUAGUUGACAAAGUACUAGCAUCUUUCUCUAUUUCUUUUUUGGUAUUUUUGGAGUAUGUUAUUCAGUGAAAAAAUUUUCAUCUCAACAUUGUUCUUUUGACCGUUCUUGGGUGUUUGUUGAGAGUCGUGAUCCUUUACACUGUGAUGGAAAAUAAUUGUAACUGCUUGGAACAUAAUACAUUCUGUCCAGACAAAUUUUCAGGGCACACAAUGGUUAUAACUUUAAACUCUUGCUAUUUCAUGUGAUAGAAAGGGGUUUGCAUCUUAACAUC